AUAAAUCAAAAGUCCGGGGGAACGGCCGAGGCCUAUCAGGCCCGGAUGCUGGCUUUGAUUACCGAAGCCAGGAAACGGGCCGAUGAGGUAGCAGCCGCGGAGAAGAAGAAGGCAGAGGACACUGAGAAGGCACGCCUGUUGGCAAUCGAACAGCAGAGCCAGCAAGACGAGGCAGCAGCAAAGGCUGCCAACGAAGAACGAAGUCAACGACGCGAGAAGAUAUUCAACGGAGAGCGAGCCUUGCUCACAAUGGCAGCGGACUGGCGCGCCGAGGCCGAGAAUGGUAAGAUGGAAGAGAGUGAAAGCAAGAUCGCUCUACUCCUCUCCCAUUUCACGGUCUCCUCGCAACGUGCAUUGCACAGCAGGAGGACAUCCACAGCCUCGACAAUGCGGUUCAGAUGCACAACCAGGCGUUUGAUCAAGUCAACACCCGCCUCCAGCAGCUGGAGCAACGUCCCGUCACCGUCCCCAGUGCCAGCUCCUCCAACACCUCUGAUUGCAGCUACACCAUGUCAGCGAGGACGAGCAUCACCCGUACUUGUACUCCCGGUCCAGGGGCGUGCCAAGCAUGGUUUGGACGAUCUCUUGUCCAAGUACGGGGUGGUAGCUGCCGACUUGUACACCAAGAUCAGCUGGGAUGAUCUAAAGGCGGCGUGGCAUAAGCGGUUCCAAGCCGAGCCGCCGGAGAUCAAGGCAAUGGGCAAAUUGCUGACCUUCGAACAAGGCAUGCUACCGAGUGUUGACUGGAUUGCCGAGUACCAACGCUUGGCAUCCGUCCCAGACAUUCAAAUGGGCUUCAAGGCCGUCAAACACUACUUCAUCACAAGGUCGUGUCCGGCAUUGGGCAACGCCUUGACUCACGAUUCGGCGCGUAAGUUCAACAUAGAGGUCUUGGACCCGCUCACGUCGGAGGAUUUCGCAUGGCUUCCUCUCCCAACCACGGGCCGCUUGCCGGGACCGCAAUGCGCAGCACUAUGCGCUUAUCUCCACACGUAUCUAUCCUUCUAUGCACCACCAACUUCGCCGACGGAUGAAGCUGCGGUGGGGGACAUCCUUGCGUAUGUUACCAAGGUGGUCUGCGAGUUUCGCAAGCAGCGGUACGAUGACAACAACGCACCGCUCUUCUAUGUCCACAUCGAAGUUGGGCAAGCGUCUUGCAGCGCUUUGCUGGAUAGCGGAGCGACUCACAAUUCCAUGAGCCACGCCUUUAUGCAAAGGGCUGGCCUUGGCACACAAGUUCGGAGGAAGGCGAACCCGACGGCGAUGAAGUUGGCGGACGGAAGGACGCAACAACUUAUCGACCGUUACAUCGAGGCCGUACCGAUGUAUUUCACACCUCAUGCAUGCGAACCGGUGACGUUCGACACUUUGGACACGAACUUCGAUAUCAUUUUGGGAAUGCCUUGGCUUGCAAGUGCAGAUCACACGGUCAACUUCCACCGGCAGACUUUUACCGUUCGGAACGCCUUGGGCGUCGAAGUGCCGUGUACUAUUCCUCUUCCGCACCCUUCGAUUCGGUGCCAAGUGGUGACGGCCAAGUCGUUCCGAGCUACUUGCGCUUACGAGCAGCCCGACGAGAUAGGCCUAUGCUUCCUACGGACCGUCGCAGUAGCCGACUCUUCCCCCACGGACUUGCCUUCGAACCCCUGUGUGGUGCAGUUGCUUGACGAGUUCAUCGACAUCUUCGAGUCACCUACCGGUGUGGUGCUGAAUUCGCCGAUCUCUCACGAGAUCAUUCUUGAGGCCGGUGUCGUGCCGCCGAGAAGCUGCAUUUACCGCAUGAGCGAUCAUGCCAAGGCACCGGAGUUGGUCGAGGUUCCUUACGCCGGUUGGAUUCGAACCAAGGGUUACCCCAAGGAAAUCGUUUGCGACUGCGACACUCGGUUCAUGUCCGAUUUUUGGUUGGCACUCAUCAAACGAUGGGGCUCAUCUCUCAAGCCGAGUUCGGCUCGCCACCCCCAAACCGAUGGCCAAACGGAGAGGGCGCAUCAGACCACACAGGUUCUCCUCCGCACUCUCAUCCGUCCCAACCAAAAGAAUUGGGUUGAGCGGCUGUCGGAUGUCGAGUUAGCAUACAACUCGUCCAUCCACCCGGCUAUCAGGAUGUCGCCCUUCGAGUUCGAGCACGGCUCGCCGGUCACUUCUCCGUUGGACAAUAUCAUUCCACGAGCGGCCGAGAGCGACGACCAUCUUCUUUUCUUGCGUCGGAUGCAAGAGCUACUUGUCAAGGCACACGACCAGAUAGCUAAGACGCAGCAACGCAUGAGCCAACAGGCCAAUCGCCAGCGUCUUCCUUGUCCAUCCCGCGCCGGGCGACCUCGUUUGGGUUUCCGUCGCGAAGUUUAGCCUCGAACAAGAUAUCUCUCGCAAGCUCCUCCGGAAAUGGAUGGGGCCUUGGCCGAUCGUGGCACCCGCUGGGGAUGCACCCGAAGGACCUUCCUUCAUCAUUCAGGUGUCCGCCCACUUGCCCGUCUACCCGGUCUCUCAUUGCUCUAAGUUGGCUCUUUACACGC